CCAAUUUCCUAAAAUCUCCCAAAAAUCCACCCGUUCAAACCCUCAAAACAUGGGCUCAACGUCCCCAACAAUUCCACCACCGCCCUCCUCCGUCCUCCGCGACCUCAUCAAAUUCGACACUGCCCUUUCCCUCCGCCUCUACACCAUAACGCAGCCCAUCCUCCCUUACAGUCUCCUCAAAUCCCUCGAAUUCUCAGGGGACGGUCGCCUCUUCUUCCCUCUAAUCCUGUCCCUCCUCCUCUACCCUCUCUCGAUCACCACCGCCGCCACCACCAACCCUUUUCUCCUCGACCUGUUUUUAGGAGCACUUCUGGACCUCCUCCUCAUUGGCCUCCUCAAACAUCUCAUCCGCCGCCCCCGACCCGUCUACAACAAAAACAUGUUUGUGUCUUUCGCCGUCGACCACUGGUCUUUCCCUUCUGGCCAUAGCUCUCGAGUUUCCUUCAUUGCCACUUUAUUUUACUUUUACUCCAAUUGGGUCCGCAAUCUUUUGAUUAAUUCAAGACUUAAUCAAUUCGUGGUGGAAAACAUUGUUUUGAUCGUCGCCUCCUGGGCUGUAAUUACUUCGGUUUCUCGGGUUCUACUUGGAAGGCAUUUUGUCCUCGAUGUUUUCGCAGGGAUGUUUCUGGGAGUUCUUGAAGGAUUUUUUGUUUUUCGGGUUUUCAAUAGUGAGAAUCUCAGCUCAUUUCUUAGAUAACAAUGGAUGUAAGACCUUUUUCUGUAGUGAUCUGGUGGGUAUUUUGUUGGACAUGUGAUUGAGAUAAAUAUUGAAUAGUUACGAGAAAGAUCUUCUAUAGUUAUUGGUUUCAUAUUUUCCCGCUUUUGGAUGGUAAUUAUUGCAGUAACAACUGAUGUUGAUAUUGUAUCCCAUUUGGUAAAAUUUGCUUAAAUCUGGCUAUUGUAAUUA